CAGCCGCCCCCUCCCAUCCCCCAGUCAGUCAGGGAGUGAGCGAGCGAGCCUGCCGCGGCCUCUUCACACGCGCAGCACGUACCAAAAUGGCAGAACUGUUUAUGGAAUGUGAGGAGGAGGAGCUAGAACCAUGGCAAAAGAGAGUGAAAGAAGUUGAGGAGGAUGAUGAUGAUGAUGAUGAGCCAAUCUUCAUUGGGGAGAUUUCGAGCUCCAAACCGGCCAUCUCCAAUAUAUUGAACAGAGUCAACCUCAGCUCAUCACGAACGGGGAUACAGAAUGGUGCACCUAGUAGAGGUACAGUUACUACAUUCAAGCCUGCCAGUCAACACUAUACAACUCCUGCAUCCAAUCCGGGUGCUGUCACUGUUUCACCAGUCUUUCAGUCUGUAUCCAGACCUGCAACUAGCUCUGUAGCCGUUCAGCCGUUGUCUAGACCAGGUUAUAUUGCGAGUUCUCCACAAGCUGUACCAAAUAAUACUUCGGGCAUACUGUUCGGCUUGAGACAGAAGUCAGGAGUUCCUCACUACCAGAGUGGAUCAGUAGUGACUAUGACAGGUCUGAAUGAGAGUGGUUUUGUGUCUAAGCGUCCAGCUACUUCUGAAGCCAACAGUGUUACUCCAAAAAAGGCCAAGCCUAAUGAGGUUGGUGCUGGAAGCAAUUCAACUGUAUCACCUUCAGUUAAAUCUCCAACAGUAACAUCAUCACAAAAUGUUUCUUCAAAAGGUACUAAUACUACAUCAAGCAAUGUUAAAAAUGGAGCACCUUUUCCACGAGCUUGUCCAAAAUGCAAUAUUCACUUCAAUCUUAUGGAUCCUUUAAAAAAUCACAUGAAGUAUUGUUGUCCAGAUAUGGUAAAUAACUUCUUUCUGGGAAUGUCCAAAACAGAAUGUUCAAAUACACGAAGUAAGACUGCUGAAUCUGAGAAAGGAAAAUUGAUCAUGUUAGUUAAUGACUUUUAUUAUGGAAAGCAUGAAGGUGAUGUCCAGCGGGUACAACAGGAACAGAAGACUCAUACAACUUUUAAGUGCUUCAGCUGUUUGAAAGUUCUUAAAAAUAACAUAAGGUUUAUGAACCACAUGAAACACCACUUAGAGCUUGAGAAGCAGAGCAGUGAAAGUUGGGAAAGCCACACCACCUGCCAGCACUGUUAUCGUCAGUUUCCCACACCUUUCCAGCUGCAGUGCCACAUUGAAAGCACACACACCCCUUAUGAAUCAUCUACUAUUUGUAAAAUCUGUGAAUUAUCCUUUGAAACAGAGCAAGUUCUUUUGCAACAUAUGAAGGACAAUCAUAAGCCAGGUGAAAUGCCAUAUGUUUGCCAGGUGUGCAAUUACAGAUCAUCAGCUUUUUCAGAUGUAGAAACCCAUUUUAGAACUGUACAUGAAAACACAAAACAUUUGCUUUGUCCAUUUUGCCUCAAAGUUAUUAAAAUUGGAGCACCAUAUAUGCAUCAUUAUAUGAGGCAUCAGAAAAAGGGAAUAUACCGUUGUACUAAGUGCAGAUUGCAAUUUUUGACAUGCAAAGAAAAAAUGGAUCACAAGACUCAGCAUCACCGGACAUUCAGGAAACCUAAGCAAUUAGAGGGAUUGCCUCCUGGAACUAAAGUUACUAUUCGAGCUUCUGUUGGACCUCUUCAAUCUGGAACAUCUGCCACAUCUUUUAGCACAAGCACCUCCACAUUUCAGUUAUCUCCCAAAACUAAAAAUACAAACACUAAAAAUCACAACAAAUCUAAUACAAAUAAAUCAAAAUUAAAAUCAUCAACUAUACAGAAGAAGCAAAACACAUUUACUAGCAGCAGCAGCAGCAGCAGCAGCAGCAAAAAAAAAAAAAAAGUUGCCAAUACAGCAUUGCAUAAUCUAAGGUAUCGUUUGGGAGUUCAUAAAUGCAUUGAAUGUUACUCAGAAAUAAAAGAUUUUGCAAGUCACUUUCCAGCAUAUGUCCAUUGCAGCUUAUGCAGAUACAAUACUAGCUGUAGCAAAGCCUAUGUGAAUCAUAUGAUGAGUUUUCAUAGUGCUCGUCCAAGUAAAAGAUUUUGGAUCUAUAAGAAGCAUUCAGAAGAACUGAGGGGUGUUACUGUAGUGUGUCUUAAUUGUGAUUUCCUAACUGAUGUUUCUGGCUUAGAUAAGAUGGCCACACAUUUGAGUGAAAGACAUACUCAUACUUGUCAAGUUAUUAUAGAGAAUGUUUCCCUAGCUUGCCCUGCUGCUGAACACAUUUCUGAACAAGCAAAUGACUCUUCAGAGGAAACAAAAAAAGAAUGCAAUGGAAAUCCAACUAACAAUGGCUCAUCAGUUGAAAAGAGUGAAGAAAGUACAUCAUCAAAUAUGGAAAAUGACUCCAAUCUAGUACUCCAGGACAACUAUUCGAGAAACUCGUCAUGUGAGACAACAGUAUGUUGUGUUUCAGAUAAUAAUGAUCAAGUCAUAGAGGAGAAACAAAAAAAACAUAUUUGUAAUGAAACUGAAUUGAAAAUUUGCCAAAGUACAGAGAAUGCUAUCUUGAAUGACCAGACUAAAGAAGGUAGCUUGGAUGAAACUAGGCUUGCAGCUUUGAACACAAAGGACUUAAGACUGACAUUGGGUGAAGAUGUUAGUUUUGAGCAGUUUUUGAGAAAAAGAGAUGAACCUGAAUCUGUUAGUUCUGACAUUAGCGAGCAAGGCAGUAUUCAUUUGGAGCCUUUGACUCCAUCAGAGGUACUUGAGCAUGAAGCUACUGAGAUCCUUCAAAAAGGUAAUGUUGCACCUUCAUCAAAGAAAGCUGAACUAGUUUCUGAACAAACAGAUGACAUUCCUAAAGGAAGCAGUCCUAGCAGAAUGGAGACAACUGUAAACCAGACAGAUGAGAAUGAAGCAAGCUGA